AUGUGGGCUACCUCAAUUUCCGAAGACCGGCAUCCGCCUGACAACCCAUGGCACAAUUCGCCACCGGACAGGCGCGACGAGGCUGCAACCAAUUCGCACAACCAUGACAUCACUGCUGGCGCCGCGUCCAGCUCUGGUGCCAGCGUUGAGGGGACCUGGGGUGAGCAAGACACUGGCAUUCGAGACCAACGUCAUGCCAUCCACGAAUAUGAAACUCUACGCCGCGAUCUCUCAGCCUUGGCCCAGACUCGCUCUAGAACCUCGCAGAAGUCCACGCCGCGCUCGAGGCCAGCCGACAGCGAGUCCUUGUUCCGUGCCAUCAGCGGUUUGCCCGUUGAUGCCCCGCCGUCCAGCAAGUCUGAGCUUGCAGACACCGAUGGAGAAGCUCUGGAACCUCAGGAGACCAAGGAAACCACCGGCGACACCCACCUCGACUCCUCGUCAGAGGAAGACUUCCAGCUUGAGGAGUUCAUGCGUGAAGGCCACUUUGAGAAACGGGCAGAUGGCCGCUCCACUAAGAGAGUUGGCGUCGUCUGGAAGAACCUCACCGUCCAAGGCACUGGCUCUACAGCAACAUUUGUCAAGACCUUCCCGGAUGCUGUUAUGGGAACCUUUGGGCCGGAUCUCUACCGCAUCACCCGCGACCUCAUCCACGACUUUCAUGGAGUCGCGAUUUCAAACAAGCGGGACGAUUACGCCGCCGUUUUCGGCGAGGUCAACUACGGCGGCAUCAGCGCAGAGAAGCAAAGGAAACAAUUUCGGGGCGAGGUCACCUACAACCCGGAGGACGACAAACACUUCGCCUCUUUGACCGUUUGGCAAACCCUGAAGUUUUCUCUCAUGAACAAAACCAAAAAGCGAGAGAGGGGCGAGAUUCCCAUCAUCGUGGAAGCUCUCCUCAGGAUGUUCGGAAUAAGCCACACAAAACACACUCUCGUCGGUGACGAGUUUGUCCGCGGUGUUUCUGGAGGAGAGAGGAAGCGUGUCUCUAUCGCAGAGACCUUAGCGGCAAAGUCGGCAGUCGUCACUUGGGACAACUCCACUCGCGGCCUGGACAGUUCUACCGCGUUGGACUACGCCAAGUCUCUCCGGAUUAUGACCGAUGUCAGCGAUCGGACGACAUUUGUCACGCUUUAUCAGGCAGGAGAACAGAUCUACGAGCUCAUGGAUAAGGUGCUUGUCAUCGACUCCGGAAGGUGCAUCUACAACGGCCCCGCAAAGGAUGCAAAACAGUACUUCAUCGACCUUGGGUAUUUCUGCCCUGAGCGACAGACCACUCCUGACUUCCUCACCGCAGUCACCGAUCCCAACGAGCGCCGGUUCCGAGACGGCUUCAAGGACAAGGCACCGAGAACUCCCGAGGAAUUGGAGAGGGCUUACAGAUCAUCCAAUGUGUACCAAGGAGUUCUGCGCGACAUCCAAGAAUACGAGCGCGAAUUGGAGCACAAUGAUUACGCCGACGCCAGAGAGUUUGAAACAACCACGCGAGAACAAAAGAGCAAGACAGUUAUGAAGGACUCGAGCUACACCGUCAGCUUCAUUCGCCAGACCCUGAUCACGAAGGCCUUCAUCAUCAUCAGCAACGCACUCAUCGUCGGCAGCCUUUUCUAUGGACAACCUCUCAGCACUGAGGUGCAAGUCAUAGUAUUUGCCGUAAUCAUGUACUUCAUGACAAACCUGGAUAUCGAGGCUGGCAAGUUUUUCAUUUACAUGCUGUUUAUCUACACAACAACCAUAUGCAUCACCGCACUUUACCGCAUUGGCAUUGCCUUGAAUUUGCUCGUCAUCUUUACCGGCUACGUCAUCGUCAAGCCCCAGUUGACAAGCAAUUACAUCUGGUUUGGUUGGUUAUACUACGUCAACCCAAUCUCGUAUUCCUUCGAGGCGGUCCUAUCAAACGAGUUCUCCGGCUCCGACUAUAUUGGUGUUACAUACACCUUUGCGCAAAGCGGAGGCGGCGCCCUGGUUUUCAAGAGGAGCAAGCGGGCAAAACAGGCAUUGAAGGAACAGGCAAAGCCCGACGAUGAGGAGAAGGCUGCUGGCUCGAUGGGGGUUUCCACAAGCAACGAGGACGCAGAGUUGGCCAUGGCGAAGACAAAGUCGAAGGCGGAGGAAGCCCUCGAGUCAAUCAACAACAGCGACAGCAUUUUCACUUGGAAAAACGUUUCCUACACAGUCCCCUAUCUCGGCGGAGAGAAGAAGCUCCUGAACGAUGUCUCUGGGUUUGCUAAACCUGGUGUCAUGGUCGCCCUAAUGGGUGCCUCAGGCGCAGGAAAAACAACCCUUCUCAACACCCUUGCCCAGCGGCAAAAGCGCGGUACCGGUUUCUGCGAGCAGAUGGAUAUCCACGAUCAGACGGCUACAAUAAGGGAAGCGCUAGAGUUUUCCGCGAUCCUGCGCCAGGACAGAGAGAUUCCCCGCCAGGAGAAAAUCGACUAUGUCGAUAAAAUCAUUGACUUACUCGAGCUUGGAAACUUGCAGGACGCCAUCAUCAGCUCCCUCGGCGUGGAACAGAGAAAACGAUUGACGAUUGGUGUUGAGCUUGCUGCUAAGCCUUCACUUCUCUUGUUCCUUGACGAGCCUACCAGUGGACUCGACAGCAACUCGGCCUACUCCAUCUUCGACAUGAUCCUCGCUCUGAACCCUGGCGGCAACACCUUCUACUUCGGUCCUGUGGGUGAAAACGGCAAAGACGUCAUUGACUACUUUGCAGAGCGUGGUGUCCACUGCCCACCACAGAAGAAUGUCGCUGAAUUCAUUCUCGAGACGGCAGCCAAGGGUGGCAGGAAGGCCGAUGGCACGAAGAUCGACUGGAAUAAAGAGUGGAAGGAGUCCGAGCAUAAUAAGCGGCUCCUGGAAGAGAUUGAUCGCAUCAACAGCCAGAGGAAGGAAGACAGGGUGCCCCGUCAAGCAGGCCAAGUGCGAGAGUUCGCUGCUCCAGUCUGGCUUCAGACAACCAUGCUCACCAAACGUCUAUUCAUCCAGUUUUGGAGAGACCCCAGCUAUCUCUACGGCAAAUUGUUCGUGUCUGUCAUCAUCGCUUUCCUAAUCAUCGUCUUUCCCCCAGCUAUCGUCAACUCCGUCGUGCCCAAGUUUUUUCAAAACAUGGCACUGUGGCAGGCGCCUAGCUGGGGCCAGUGGAUCACCGCCUUCGCGCCAUCCUUUACGGUCAUUGCGAACGUGCUGCCAUUCUUCUUCGUCAUGUUCUCUCUCUUCAACGGCGUCGUUCGACCGUACUCGAUGCUUCCCGCCUUCUGGAGAUAUUGGAUGUACUACGUCAACCCCUCUACCUGGUGGAUUGGCGGAGUUUUGGCUGCGACGCUGAAAAACCAGCCAGUGCAAUGCACCACCGAGGAGACCGCGCGCUUCGAUCCGCCUCCCAACCAAACCUGCGGCUCCUAUGCCGGAGCCUUUGCCGAUGCCUCGCCCGGCUACCUGCUCAAUUCUGAAGCUACGAGCGCGUGCGCGUACUGCCCUUUCACGACCGGCGAUGACUACCUCUCAACGCUCAACAUCAGCGCCGACGACAAGUGGCGCGACUUCGGCAUCUUCCUAGUAUUUGUGGUGACUAACUGGGCGCUCGUGUACUUCUUCGUGUACUCGGUGCGCGUCAGGGGCUGGAAAUUUGGCUUCGGGCUGCUCUUUGGUGGCUUGAGUAAGGUGAUGAAGAAGGUGACGGGGCUGUUCUCAAGGAAGAGUGGUAGAGAUGGUGACGAGCAGUAA